AUGGGCAACUGUUGCUCUCAACGCAGCACCGAGGAUGCCCCAAAUGACGACAAUAAGGGAGACAGCAACAAUGCCCCGGACAAUAACCCUAGUGCUGCCCAUGCCUCCACCCACAACCCCUCAAACCCGGCCACUCAUCCCAAACCUAAUGCUUCCCCAAAUCACAGCAAGGCUGCCAAGCCUGGCCCCAUUGGUCCCGUCUUAGGCCGUCCCAUGGAGGACGUCCGCUCCAUGUACUCCAUAGGGAAGGAGCUUGGACGGGGCCAGUUUGGGGUCACGCACUUGUGCACGCACAAGGCCACAGGAGAGCACUUCGCGUGCAAGACAAUUGCCAAGCGGAAGCUGGUGAACAAGGAGGAUAUUGAGGAUGUGAGGAGGGAGGUACAAAUCAUGCAUCAUUUGACGGGGCAGCCCAACAUUGUGGAGCUCAAGGGAGCUUAUGAGGACAAGCAGUCGGUUCAUUUGGUCAUGGAGCUGUGCGCCGGAGGAGAGCUUUUCGAUCGUAUCAUCUCGAAGGGACAUUACACCGAACGCGCUGCAGCUGCGUUGUUGAGGACCAUUGUUCAGAUCGUGCACACCUGUCAUUCCAUGGGGGUUAUUCACAGAGAUCUCAAGCCUGAGAAUUUCCUUUUGCUCAAUAAAGAUGAACACUCUCCGCUUAAGGCUACAGAUUUUGGUCUGUCCGUCUUUUACAAACAAGGAGAAUUAUUCAAGGAUAUUGUUGGUAGCGCAUAUUACAUUGCACCAGAAGUGUUGAAGAGGAGAUAUGGACCAGAAGUGGAUAUAUGGAGUGUUGGAGUCAUGUUGUAUAUUCUUCUCAGUGGUGUUCCUCCUUUCUGGGCAGAAUCGGAACAUGGGAUAUUCAAUGCAAUUUUACGUGGCCAACUCGACUUUUCAAGCGACCCUUGGCCUUCAAUAUCACAUCAAGCAAAGGAUCUUGUGAGGAAGAUGUUGAACUCAGACCCCAAGCAGAGAUUGACAGCCUUCCAAGUUCUCAAUCACCCAUGGAUUAAGGAGGAUGGUGAAGCACCUGAUGUUCCUCUCGACAACGCUGUGCUCAGCAGGCUCAAACAGUUCAAAGCAAUGAACCAGUUCAAGAAAGUUGCACUUCGGGUCAUUGCGGGAUGCCUAUCAGAGGAAGAAAUCAUGGGAUUGAAAGAGAUGUUCAAGAGCAUAGAUACAGAUAACAGCGGGACUAUAACACUUGAAGAGCUAAAGCAAGGACUUGCCAAGCAAGGGACAAAGCUAUCUGAAUUUGAAGCUAAGCAAUUAAUGGAAGCAGCGGAUGCUGAUGGCAACGGAACCAUAGACUACGAUGAGUUCAUCACAGCAACAAUGCACUUGAAUCGGAUGGAUCGAGAAGAGCAUCUCUACACUGCCUUCCAACACUUUGAUAAAGAUAACAGCGGGUAUAUCACGACCGAAGAGCUAGAGCAAGCCCUCCGAGAAUACGGCAUGCAUGAUGGAAGGGACAUACUAGAAAUCAUUGCUGAAGUUGACGCUGAUAACGACGGUCGAAUCAACUACGAUGAAUUCUGUGCAAUGAUGAGAAAAGGGAACCCCGAAGCAAACCCGAAGAAGCGGCGUGAUGAUAUAUUUGUUUGA